AUGGCCAAGCUCGUACUUUCAGGCAUUCUUCUUGCCCUUGGCAUCUCCAAGGUCACCGAGGCCGGCUUCCUCGACGAUGGCUGUGGCUAUCUCAACGAUGGCCCUCAAUUCAACCUCCGCGAUGAUGGCAGUAUCACCACCUACUGCAACGAGAAGAUCUGCGGUGCUACUUCCUUCAGCGUCAUUAACCUCAACGACUGCAUCUCCAACGUCCUGGGUGACUUGGAAAUCAAGCCUGAGCAUCACAAGACGGGCGACUUCUGGAAGACUUGCAAGGACUGCGGUGCCGACAGCUGGGACGGCCUCAAGUGCCAGUGCGAGACUCUCGACGGCACGUACAAGGAGACCCAUAUCAACCUCAACGAGGUCCUCGACAACUGGAAUGGCUAUCUCAGCUGCGGCGGCGGCAUCUCGGACUGCAACCGGAUCAAGUGGGCUUGCAAGCCUGAGGACUGGUGGCCCGAGGGUGCGCCUCCAAAGAUCUACACUACGGACUGCGACAUCUGGUCUUAG